UGAUAACAAGGACACUUGCAAUACCGGUAGAUAUCAUCAUUCGGCACGCACGUAGAAGCCAUCACAACUUCACAAAGCAAGGAUUCGCCGAGUCUCUUCAAUGGAUUGUACGAAAGUACAAGCAAUGAAGCACAUCACAUCAAGGCGUUUAGGUCCCGUCAAACGCCGCCUUUGCAAGUUUUGUAAAGGCCGUCCGUCAAAAGAAGACGGAGCUCGAACACCAGCCCGCCGCGCGCAUUUGACUCGAAGUGUUGUACAUCAACGGAAGAACUCGGAGGCGAUUUUGAAGUUGAAAGGUGCGCUGUUGGCGCCAUAGCAAUCCUGGGUCAGUCUCUCCGUCAGCACGCAAAAUGACGCCAGAGAAGCUUCAGGCUGUGAGAGAUUCGCUUGAGGAGGUUUUAGGGUUGACAGCUCAGGUAAUGGAAGAGGAGGAUGUGGAGAUUUUGGUGAAAAACCUCUGUGUAACCCCCAAGGCUUGCGAGGAUCUCCAUCUGGAGACACUCAGAGAUGAUCCCUACCCAGUGCCAGCGAAUAUCUUGCAGCUUAUUGAGGGCUACAAAAAGAUGCUGGCAGAGGGCUAUAAGGAGGCAAAGAAGCGGAAGGUGGAGCCGGACAAGUCUGCAAGCAUUCUGAAGGAGCUGAUUGUGGAGAUACCGUUGUCUCUGCCACCUGUCGAGGGACUUCGCGACUUCCUGAGCAAUGUCAGCCAGCGGAUUCCGGUGACUCAGCGGGUUUAUGACAAGCUGAGCCUGGUGGAAAAUGCAAACGAGGUGGUUCGAGUUUGCUUGGAGCAAGAAGACCCAAUAUCGUGACAACCUACGUCAGCCGAAUCGUUGAGAGCAUCCACAUCAUAUGGAAUCACAGGGCGGAGGAGGAGGAGGAGCUCACAGCAUAUGGAAUCACCAAGAUGCUCUUCGAUCCGCUGGCUCAAAUCAGCGAGAAGAUCGAAGAUGCGCUGAAGCUUGGCCUAGAGUACAACAAAAACGUACAGACAAAAGAGACGUUCAGUAUCCCUCACAUCGCCAAUACGCGCCCUGAUGGGACUGCCGUGGCGAAAUACGCUCUUCUCCUAGCUGGAGAAGAGAAACCGGAGGAUGGCACACUGCAGGAAGCGCUAGCAGAUCUCAAGGCGAAGUUUCGAGAGCCCUUUAGCAAGCUACACUACGGCGUCCUGCCGUACAUAAUCUGUUACACUGCGUCUGGGAAGCAAGUUCAAUUCUACUCUCUACAGUUGGAUGCGAUCACCGGUGUCAUCCACUACAACACGCCUGAGGGCCGGGCCAAGGUUCUGCACGUGGUGACCAAUCUCUACAGGCUCCUCUUGAAAAUGAAGGAGACGCUCCCUGAACCAGGGGGGUUGGCACUAUUCGAGAAGGUGAAGCGGCCGAGCGGAGCGGUCGUGGAAGCUGGCUUCUAUAGCGUAAAGAAAACGAUCCGCGGGGCGGCUAGCUUCUUUGAGACGGCGGGGACCAGUGCGGAGCACGUGAAAGCGGCGUACCAGGUGGCGAAAACGACCCGGUUCCUCGUACAGGCCGCGCAGGGGCCAGUAGUGCACAGGGACGUGUACCUGGUAGAAGGGAAGCCACUUGGUUGCCCGGCGGUGGUCAAGAGUGAAGAGGAUGUGCGGCGGCUCGUUCACGACCUGUUGCACGGGCUGGACAAGCUGCAUACGGCGAACAUAUGCCAUCGGGACAUCCAACAGCCCAACGUCAUCUCGUGUCUGGAUGCGUCCAACUCGUUAGCCAGGUAUAUCUUGAUCGAUCUCGAGUCGGCCGCCCCCGCCGGUGCCUCUCUCCCUGCUGUACACUACGAUGCCUGGGAAGACGAGACAUUGGUCGGCGGCAGGUAUGUCGCAGAGUCGGACUUGUAUCAGCUGGCAAAGAUGGUUCAGAUCACGGCCAGAUCAGGGGCGGUGGAGCUGUCCGAAGAUGCACGAGCCCUUCUGAAGGAGCUCAGGGGCAAGCAAAGGUCAGCCUCAUCGUUACUACAGGAGAACUGGGUCAGCUGCAAGUGUGGCCAAGGCCUCGCAGUCUGAACAAUGACUCAAUCUGUAAGCCGUGGUGCAAGAGAUACAUACUGGUGAAAAGCACAAUAGUUAAGACGAGGAUCUCGCUAAAACAUGAUUUAGGGUGCGGGUGUCCGCACAAUGCAUAUUCAAGACGUUGCUUGUUGGUUUGCCAG